AUGAUGGCGGGCACCACCUCCUCCACCACUACCACCACCACGGCCGCCAGCGCCGCCGCCGCGGCCCAGCUGCAGCAGCGGCCCAGCGAUGUGCCCAGGCUGGACCUGGACCUGGACCUGGACCUGGACACUGCCGACCUGACCCUGUCCAGCUACCAGCAACGGUGCUCCGCGUCGUCUUCGUCUUCGUCGUCGUCGUCGUCGGCGUCGCUGGACCAUCACCAUCCUCGCCCCCAGCAGCCAAACCCUCCUCCCUUUGCAUGGGGCCUGCAGCAGCACCAGCGCAUUGCCAGAGUCCCGGCCGCAUCGCCCGCGCUGUCCCUGUCCCUGUCUCUGGCCGACAUCACCACCACCAAGCCGCCGCCCACCUGGCCUGCGUCCGUGCCCGCGCCAGCCUUGGGCUGCGUCGACCUCGACCUCGAUCUUGACCUCGACGCCACGCCUCGCAUUGCCCAAACCGCACCUGCCUCCGUCCCCAGCGUCGCCGGCUCGCGCCGUCCAACCUCGAGCAUCGCCACUGGUCACGGCGCCGGUUCCGCCGGCAGGAAGCAGAGGAAUACCGGCACCAAGGCCGGGAGCAACGCCAGUAGCAACGCCGCCAGCGCCGCGAGCUCGCCGCCACACUCGGCAGCCUCCUCCGUCUUCACCGCCGUCCGCAACACCUCUCCCCCUUCGCCUCCCUCAUCCCGCAGCAUCUCGCCCCGCGCAAUCGGCACGUCCAAGGGGAAGCCCGCCUCUGCGGCUGCCGCGGCCAUGCCCGCCCGGCCCGCCAACCCCAACAAGCGAUCCGCCGACAGCGGCAGCGGCGACGAGGAUGCUUCCCAGGGACCCAAUGGCCUGGGCGCCGCGCGCUUGAAGCUGCCUCGGACGGACCGGGGACCCGAGGACUUUUCCUCCGUGGUCAAGAACCGCCUGCAGUCUUACACGCGCACAGGGCAGGCGUGUGACCGGUGCAAGGUGCGCAAGAUCCGCUGCGACGCCCUGCCCGAGGGCUGCUCCCAUUGUAUCAACCUCAACUUGGAGUGCUAUGUCACCGACCGCGUCACCGGCCGGACAGAGCGACGAGGCUAUAUGCAGGAGCUUGAGCGCGAAAAGAACGGCAUGCUGGCCCAUAUAAGCGACCUCGAGAAGAUUUUGCGCGAGAAAGGCAUCGAGGUCAAGUCCUGGAGGGGCGCAUCCUGGGCGCAGUAUCCUACAGAGUCAUCCGCGAAUGAUGCACCGCCGGCCUCGGACGCUUGGUCGCAAGUCGGCUCGCUCUGGGUCAAGAAUGGAGGCGCGACGCCAAAGCAGCCGCCACCACCGUCAUCAGCCAUCAACUUCCCUCGCAGCCAUUGGGAACCGCGGCCAGAUCAGGGCCAUAUCGGCGUCGGCCCUGACGACGCGCCUUUGAGCUCCAUCCGUGGCACCAAGCUGUCUAUCCUCGGCACCACCAUUGAUACGACGUCAUUCGAUCUGCCUGACAUGGACGAGCCCGGGGAGGGUGCUCAGCCUUCGGCGCCGCUCUACAACAAGUCGGUACAGGCGUUUCUUCAAUCAUGCAUGGGGGUCAAUCCACGGCUACACGUCGAGCUGCCAUCGCGCGACGACGCAUUCAUGUACGCCGAGUGGUACUUCAUGGCCGUGGGCCUCUUCUUGCCGGUCCUGCACCGGCCGACUUUCAUGCGACUGCUGACACGAUUAUACGACGAGAGCAACUUCAAGCCGUCAAUUCCAGAGAUUGUCAUGGUGCACAUGCUCAUCGCAACAAUGUACUUUCAUUGCGGCGUGCGCAACGAGCCGGACCAGCGCAGCAACCUCAACGAGCUGUCGAAUAAGCACUAUCAUUUCGCACUGAGCAAGAUCUACGACCUAUUGGGCAGCCAGGAGUUGGAGGCGGUCCAGGCGCUGGCCAUGAUUGCGUCGCACACAAGGGCUUUCCCCAAGCCCGGCUGCGGCUCCAUCCUGGCGAGCAUGUCUUUGCAUCGGGCCCUAGAGCUGAACCUACACCGGUCAUCCAAGAGGCCUGGGGAGGGCACAGAUCUGCAGAACGAGAUGCGCAAGCGUACUUGGUGGGUCAUCUUGACGGUAGUCGUCGCCAUCACCGGCCGGAGAGGCUCGCCGCUUCCCGUCAACGUGCAAGAUUUUGACACCGAGUUCCCGGAGCCCGUCGCAGACGACCUCUUGACUGACCAGGGCAUCGACACGUCACGAUCGAUGCCCUGCACGUGGGAGGCUGGCCUCGCGGGGUUCAAGAUUGUGCCCAUCUUCAUGGAAAUGUACGCCAACAUUUACAGCGUUCGAAGGGAUCCGCAAAACUACGUCAACGUCGUCAAUGCGCUGGAGAAGCAGCUCGACAACUGGGAGGCAGAGCUACCAGAGAGCCUGCGGAUCAACGAGUCUGAGGGGCUGGAGAAUACCACCAUCCCCGCCAUCUACGUGCGCACGUUUGCGCUCGAGCUUCGGCUGUGCCUUCGACACCCGUCGGUGGCGCUGACCACGGACAAGCAGAUGAUGGCAGACAAUACCCGAAUCUGCGACGAGACGGCUCGCGAAUUCCUCCGCUGUGCGAUGCAGCUGUACCGGACCAAAUCCUUGGACACGACCUGGUACCAGAUGUCCGUGUACGGUGCGUGCAUCUUCUCGAUGCUAGUCGCGCAGUGGGAGCGGCGUUUCGCGGUAACCCCGCGUCAGGUGUCAUCUCUGCGAGAGGAGAUGCAGAGCUGGAUGGUGAUUCUCAGGGAAACGAGCUUGUUGCUAGGCUGUGGGCCGAGCAUCAGCAAUCAGAUCGGGCAGAUGAUUGAGCGCACCAUAGGAUGGAUAGAGCACGACAUGCGGCAGAAGGAGCCCCAGCAGUCCGUGCCGGCCCCGGUCAAGCAGGAGGAGCCGUCGGCAUACCAGCCAACCCAGGGGCCGCCUCCGCCCCAGGCCCAUGGCAUCUCGAAUGGCACCGCCCAGGGCUACCAAGAGGCCGGCCUCAACGGCCAGGCUUCGUACGCGUCGCUGGCUUUUGCGGAUGGCUCGCAAGGCACGGGCGCCUCGUACCAAUCUGACCCGACCAUGUUCUACGGUACGGCCGCCGCCGCCGCGGGCGUGGCAGGCUCCUCCUCGUCGAACCCUCUCGCGGCGUUCGCAUCGCAGGCAGCGCAGCAUGUGGGCGCGCAGACGCAGGCCGACCUCGUGUGGCAAACGGGCCGGGGCAACCCCUGGCACGACUGGACGGCGGCCAUCGCCGACAGUCAGGAGCGCUAUAGCGCCAGCGCUCUCUUGACGCUGGGCAACCCGAGUAGGGGCGCGGUGACAUCGUCCAUGCUGACGGACGGCUCGGUGGCGCAGACAGCGGCAGAUAUGGGCAUGGUCCCUCCCGGCGGGCAGUGGCCGUUGAUUAUGUUUGAUCACACGCAGCAACAACAGUGAGGCACAUUGCGCGAGAUUUAACACUGGGCGUUGAGGAGCGCGGGUGUGGACUUGCAAGGGAGAUACCCAAGGGGCGGCAGCGGCCACAUCGACUUGGCUUCACUUGUUUGACGCGAUAGGCUGGGCACGUCCCAUUGCCACUUGCAUAUAUUGGCCAUUUUUUUGGACAGUACCUGACAUUUGUGCGUGCACCGCGGUGCAUCUGUAUUCAUUACUGUAACUAGACCUACUUUCGGCGCCUCGUGGAACCACCACGGGCAAGAUACAUCGUCAAGCUCAGGCUUUCAAUGAACAAUGCUU